AUGACAACCCAAUUUGCCAAUCAAAACAUUGUGUAUGCAUCUAGCUUUCUUCUUUCUUGUUUCCUCUUCUUGUUUCCUCCUCUUCUUCUUUCUUGUUUCCUCCUCUUCUUCUUUCUUGUUUCCUCCUCUUCUUCUUUCUUGUUUCCUCCUCUUCUUCUUUCUUGUUUCCUCCUCUUCUUCUUUCUUGUUUCCUCCUCUUCUUCUUUCUUGUUUCUUCUUUCCUCUUCUUCUUUCUUGUUUCCUCCUCUUCUUCUUUCUUGUUUCUUCUUUCCUCUUCUUCUUUCUUGUUUCUUCUUUCCUCUUCUUCUUUCUUGUUUCCUCUUCUUCUUUCCUCUUCUUCUUCUUUCCUCUUCUUUCCUCUUUCCUCUUCUUUCCUCUUUCCUCUUUUUUCCUCUUUCCUCUUCUUCUUCUUCCUACCUUUCUUCUUUCUUAUUUUCUACCUUUCUUCCUUCUUUCUUUUUCACUGUGCCCAAACAAUCUUUCUUCCUAUUUUGA